GAAAUAUUGAAAUCUGGUAGCUCUGCAUAUUUUAUAUUUCAGCUCGUUGUUGUGACAUUUGCAGUAUUUUUGUUUUUAAACUUUGAAAAAUGUCAACAAACAAAGGACGCACAUUGUUAAAAAGUUCUAUGAUAAAAGAUGAACUGCAGGAUGAUGGUGGUUUAUUAUCACUAGAAAAACUGGAUCGUGCUUCACCAGAUUUGUGGCCUGAAAAAAUACCGGGCAUUACGGAUUUUAUUGCUAUGAGUGACACACCUAUUCGGACACCUGCACCUGAGUGGUCCAGAGGACUUUCCCAAGAGGAUAUGUCAGCUAUGUUGGAGUUAAGUUCUUUGAAGCCAGAUGCUUUGAUUAUGGAGAUUAAAAAGAUUUAUGACGAUGCCUAUCAACUAGGUGUUAGCGAAGCCAAAGAAAUGACACGGGGGAAAUAUUUAGGCAUAUUUAACAAUGCGAAGAAAAAAGCUAUUUAAAUUAUCUUUUAAAUUACUCAUUAAACGUUAGCAUUUGAAAAAAAUUAGGCAUAUUUCAUAAUGCUAAAAAAGACUGUUUAAGUUACAUAUUAAAAAUAAAAUAUAUCUAAUCACAAUAAA